CGGCCAAGCCAGAUCUCUGAGUCAGCCAGCUAGUCAGUCAGAGCGGCAACACGCCAAGUACUAAACACAGGCGAUAACGUGGAGCACCGAGGCUGAGCGAACACUGGAGACACUCUGCAUCAGUUAUUCAUUGUAACAGAAGUAAAAGGAGAAACAACCCGAGUGCAGUGAAGGUACAAAAUAAAAGACCGAUAAGAGGAGCAAAAGCAGCGCUGAAAUCUUCAAGUGCCUUUUUCAGCACCUCGGACAGAGCUCAGCACAACAACAUGGCUCCCAUUGUGACAGGGGAAGCUCAGUUUGCCGCGGUACCUGCUGCCGUGGGUAUCAUAAGUGCAUUCGGUCUGGUCUUCACCGUGCCCUUGUUUGCAUGGAUCUGCUGCCAGCGCAAAUCUGCAAAAACCAACAAAACUCCCCCUUACAAGUUUGUGCAUAUGCUCAAGGGAGUGGACAUUUACCCGGAAAAACUGAACAACAAAAAGAAGUUCGGGGCAGACGAGAAAACAGAACUGAACACCAAAAACGUCACGUCCCCCACCGGUACCAAGAACGCACUACACUUGGACCUGGACAAGCGAGACCUGAACGGGAACUUCACUCAGCCAAACUACAAGGUCCGGAGCUCGCCCGACCUAGACAUCCCUUCGCCCCAGAAAUGCUUUGUGGAGGAGAGUAAGGAGCUGGUGACUCCCGAGGGUUUGCUAUCAAAUAAUGCGCCUUCCUCGACCGAAAUAACAGACAAGAAAGCCAAACUGGGGACACUCUUCUUUUCUUUAGAAUAUAACUUCGAGAAGAAGGCCUUCGUCGUCAACAUCAAGGAAGCGCACGGACUCUCCGCGAUGGACGAGCAGUCCAUGACCUCCGAUCCCUACGUGAAAAUGACCAUCUUGCCGGACAAAAAGCACAGGGUCAAAACCCGGGUCUUGAGGAAGACUUUGGACCCCACCUUUGAUGAAACCUUUUCCUUUUAUGGCAUCCUUUACGGUCAAGUGGAAAACCUGGCCCUCCAUUUCAUGGUGCUGAGUUUCGACAGGUUUUCCCGGGAUGACGUGAUCGGGGAGGUCCUGGUACCACUGUCUGGGAUCGAUCUGUCAGAGGGUCGGAUCCUAAUGAACCGGGAGAUCAGCAAACGCAACGUCAGGAAAGCUGUUGGCCGCGGAGAGUUGCUCGUGUCCCUGUGUUAUCAAUCCACCACUAACACCCUGACCGUGGUGGUGCUGAAGGCGCGUCACGUUCCGAAGGCGGAAUCUUCCGAACAGUCAGACCCUUACGUGAAGGUGAACCUGUACCAAGGCAACAAGCGCGUCUGCAAGAAGAAGACCCACGUGAAGAAGUGCUCCCCGAACCCUGUAUUUAACGAGCUCUUCGUCUUUGACAUCCCCUCAGAGGGGGAACUGAAGGAUACCAAGGUGGAGCUGCUUCUGCUCGACUCCGGCCGGCUCUCACGCAACGACGUCAUCGGGCAGCUGCUGCUGUGCGCCACUGCGGAGGGGACUGUGGGCGAGCACUGGAGGGAGAUCUGUGAGCACCCGCGGAGACAGAUCGCCAAGUGGCACACCCUUAGUGAGGGUUAGUGUUCCCCCAGCGGACCGUCCAGGGCAGGACUACCAUGUGCAAAGCGUGAUUAAUUAAUUAAGUUCAGCGAGGAACUGUCUGCACAUCUGACCAUCAACAAUCCAAAGACAGUAGAUGAAUUCUUAAAACAUGAAGAAGAAAAAACGACCAUGCUUUUCAUCUACCACUCCAUUACCUUGUACAGCUGUUUGUCUGACUAUUAUAUUGUGAACUGUUAUUGCCAGAAGAAUACUUCUAUAUUAUGAUGUCGUUAUUGCGUGCAAUUUUUUUUUAUCAAUGCAAUCAUUUAUUUAUUUUGUAUUUGUAUCUAUUUAUUAUUUAUUUAUCUUAUUUUUGUAGGCACAGUGGUAUUUCAUGCCAAUUGGAGCACAGCCUAAAUUAGACAAUUGAAUGCAGUUGGUUAUUGAGACGCAAGAGGUGAGGUUGCCUGUCUUUUAAUGUAUGAUACUGAGAAAAGGUUUGGUCACCCAGACUGUAAGGAACAGGACAGCCUGACACUGCACAUAUAUACAACCUGUUAUAAAUCAUCUGACAUCUUGGGAACAUGUCAAGUUUUAUUUCAUAGGGUCAAGGAGAAGAGGUGUUAAUGGCAAAACACCAUGUCUUGUUAUAUUCUUAAACUUGUUUAAGGGGGGAAGGAGGGGUGUUAUGAAUUGAUGUGUUUGCCUGUACACAGGGAACAGAUGGCACAUAGUUUUAUCACUAUGAAUACUGAAUUAGCUGGUAAAGACCAUGUAGAAUAGCUUGUUUCUUAUAAGGUACACUUCCAGAAAAAAAACAUGCUGUUCAUAUAUUUUUAUUUAUUAGUUUUGGUUCUAUAAAGACCCAUUGAAAUAUUAACAUAAUGGGUUAUAUAAAAAGGUAGGUAUUAUUUAUUUGUAUAUAUUUGUUAUAUUACUUACUUUCAUCCAUAUCAAGAAGGGGGCUUUGUCUUCCCCAUCUUUAGGAGUGAAUGUUCAAUUGCUUGUUUUGUUUUUGGUUUCUUUAAAUGUCCAAACAAACAACCUAGUUCUGAAGAAUGUGUUGCUGUAUGUGUUGUGUAGCCCUUUCACCCUGCUGUUACUGUUUUUCAGGAGUGCAUACUUAGUGUUUGAGGGAGAUCAAACUGAUUACAGAUUUUAAAUGGGAAAUAUAAAUUAAUACUGAUUUGUAGAUACAUAAAACUCAGUAUAAUUCCUAAAGCAAUUAUUUUUUUGGAGAAUGAUAUAUAUAUAUAUGGGUCACUCUGGAAGAUUUAAACAGUUUUGCAAUCCGUGUUCUUUGUCCAGUCUCAACUGAAAGAGCAGACCUGAAUAAGCACAGCAGUCAUCGCAGUGAAAGUCUUGUCAUUGCAUCAUCUGAAUUGUCUCACCGGUGUUGUGCUGUGUCUUGUCCCAGCAGCAAAAACCAGUGUGCAUUUAUGCAAACACGUCAUGUCUGGUGCAGUUUUCCCCUGAUGAAAUUAAGAGAAUAAAGGUCAAAGACAAAAUAAACAUGUACCACAGACUUAAUUGCAUUGUUUCCAUGUCGAUAACACCGUUACAACAACACUGUAUGUGUGCCAUUGCAACUGUGAACUGUGCCAGUGAUGAGCAAGAACCCAUCUCUCUUGUACUGUGGAGGUGAGAAACCUGUUCUGUAACUGUCAGGUGUCAAGGAGAGGGAAGGGAUGGGACUGAAAUGGGACUGAAAAUACAGUAUUGCAUCAUUUAAUUUUAAAAGCAUUCCAGCAAGGGAAAGGGGAACAUUAAUCAUUAAGCACACUUUGCUGCUGUAGUACCAGUGCAAGUGGAACUGACUUCAGUGUGUGGAGAAGGAUCCGAGCAUACAUGAUCUAAAGUGAUACAAAUACACAUAAAAAACUAAGCGAAACAAGCAAAAACAUUCUGCUCAAGAUGUAACCAAUGAACCACAGAGCUGUGUAUUAAUGUAUUAAUAACAGUUUUAGAUCAAAAUUCGUGAUGUGCAUAUUUUGCUCUGCAAACCCCCCCACACUCCUCGUCUGCUUGUGCUUUUCACAGAGCAGUUUGGGUAGGUGGUUGUGCAGGAAUGCUCCUGUAAUCUGUCAGGCGUGUGUUUUGAGGAAGACAAAACAUGAUGUAAAGAUGCUUUAAAGAGUCUGCCAGACAGCAGGCUUUGGCAACAGAUUCGGCAGUUUGAUAUAAUGCAGUUCUGGAGGGUUGGGUGAUUUCAUAGCGUAGAUGCUGUUAAUCAGUUGGACAUUCCCAUAUCGUCUAUUGCAGUUUCUGUAUCAAUUAUUAUAAUUUUUUUCAAUAAUUUGGUGCCAUGAUGUUUUCUGACUGGCUGUUGAAUAUUUUGCCUGGAAUGGCAAGGUUGAACCAUGAGAGGCUUGAUCAAAACAGCUCUAUCACUAACAAGUCAAAAACUUCUCAUCACAGGGCUAGUUAUGCAGCACAACAUGUUUGUAUUAUGUAUAUUGGUAUUCAUGAAACCAGUCAUGAUGUAAUUAUACUGUUUCAAAGUACUUUUGAACCUAAGAUGACAUGUACAUUUAAUAAAGCGUGAGUUAAGGUCUCAUGAAAAUACAAUGCUGUAAUGUACACGACAGACAGUACCAGUACACAUUUUAGCAAGAGGUGAUUGUGGGAAAGACCGUCUGCUUGAAGGGAUUAUCAUUCUGAUGUGAUCAAAAUGUUCAAAUAAUAAUAAUUAUAAAGUU